AUGGACUCCCCACACUCUACAAACCGUGGCCGUGCACCACCCCCACCACCACGUCCUUCCUCCUCAGCAGACCAAUCGAGACGCACAAUACCUGCACCACCACCUCCAGUACGAAAUGGAGCCCCAUCUUCACCAUCAAUGUCCCAUUCCAUGAACUCGCCCCAUGUACGCAUGUCGACUAUUCCUGUCCAGUCAAGCUUUCACAGCUUGGAUAUAGAGAUCCCAGAGCCCCCAUUGACCGAAGCGGGUCGAUGGACUUUCCAUUCACAAAGGGAAUUGCCACCACCACCAGCUUUUGAGAAGAAACUUCGGCGUUAUCCCACAGGCGCAGAGACAGGCUGCUCCAUUCCCAUUGACCUAUCUCAUUUGUUGGCUUACAAUUAA